AUGGGUGUGCUGCUAAUUCUGUUGUGCUCACUGUCUGGUUCUGCUGGUCUUGAUGAUAAUGGACAUGGACACCAUGCAAGCUAUUCCACACAGCCCCAUUCUGACUUCAAUUUCAGGGUGCUUCUCCUUCAGGCAAUUUGCAUAGAAGGGCAAUUGGAUGAUGAGGAUACUGUGGGGCAGGAGAUGGAUCUGAUUCCACCAUCACCCAUCCCUGAGCCCAGUCAGCAUGGCAUUAAUGUGGAGUUUGAUGGGUUUGUUACAGGACUACUCAGAAGCUACCCGAUCCCUCCAGCUGCUGAAAGAGGGAUUUAUGAUGCUCAACGGCACAAACAGAAAUUGAAACAAAAGUGGACUGCUCAGUGCAAAUCUGCAAAGGCCGUGAAGCCUUAUGCCAUACUGACCUCUCUCAAUGUCCUACACCUGCCACACAUGCAAGGGGCAUACACUGGAGCUCGAGCACAAGGUCAAGAACAGAAGGCUCUAUCCCUCCAGGAUUUGAUAGGAAUUCAGAGGUACAUCAUCGAGGUAGAUAUCCAGCCUUUUCGAAAGGCAUCUCACAUAGUGGAGGACAGAAGUGCCCUGGCAAUCUAG